GAGGCACGUCAGGGCCAAGCGCGCGCGCUUCUCGUGUCGAUUCUGUCUGCCUGUCUCUGUGUGUGAUUGUGGGCGUGUGUGUGUGUGUGCGUGUGCGUGCGGAAAAGCCAGCGCCAAAGCCAAUGGCAAUGUGGGCAUUUUCUAAUUCUGUGGCAAAUAUCGUGCCGUAAUCGGCGUAGCAUUGUGAAAAAAAAAUACAAAAGUCCCACAAGUAUUCUCUACUCUAAAAAGUGAAGAUAGAAAACAAAUAGAACCAAGUGAAAGUGCCCCCCAUCCAUGCGGCAGAAACAACGUUAGCAACAAAAUCAGCAAACUGCGUGGGCUGCACGGCACCAGCUGCCAUUUCAGCGCUCUCAAAAUGAUCCAAAUGGCAGGCCAUUAAAUGACAGAAAUGAUGUGAGGGGAAACAGCCAGGCAGCGGAGUGAAUAAUAAUUUAAAUCUUAAACCAAUGAACGCCAGAGUGGCGCCUCUCUCUCUCACUUUUUUGUGCCUGUGAAACAGCUGUUUCGCCCUUACCUAGCCAACUAACUAGCUAGCCAGCCAGCCUGUCAUCUCUCUCGCAAUUUAACCCUCUCUAUGUCGCCUGGCUCUCUGCGCCGAAGCGUGUGUACAUAACCUCAAUAUCCGUAUCCGUACUGCGCUGCUUCUCUCUAUGUUGCGGUAGGUAGGCAGAGGACGACGCUGCCGCUGUCGCUGUCGCUGCCACUGUCAACGCCGGCUGCAAUCUGCCCCUCUCUGUCGCACAAGCAACACAACACCCACAUAUACACUGUGCAAGUGCAACGCGAGGAACCAGAGGACCCAGAGACCCAGAGACCCAGAGAACCAGAACCAGGACCAUCCGAAGCAGAAGCAGAAGCACGACGCACUCGUUGAUGCCGUUGCAGCUGCUGCUGCGACGCAAACGCCAACGCCGACGCCAAGGACGAUAGCAGCAGCAGCAACAAUCAGCAACAUAAGCGCCCUGUGUGCACGGACAAUAAUAUGAGGAGUGGCAGUUCGGAAUUACUACUCGAGCAGCAACAACAAGAGCUACGGUUACGUAAAAUCCGAGAACUGGCUCCAAAAAAGAAAAAUGGCAAUCGGCGCUUUCGCUCGUGGCGGGAACGUGCGCGUUUCUACGGCACCUCGACUCUGGCCUUCUUCUCGGUGACCGCCGGUGCCUCGCUGCUCUUCCUGGUGCCGCUCUACGUGGACCCAGCCAUCUCCACGCUGAGCCACGACUUCAUCGAGAAUCCCACGCUGUGCACGACCACGCGCCGCGAGGAUCUGGUUGGCAUCUUCAACUGCUCCUGGAGCUCCUGCCGCGAGGGCUGCACCUCUGACCUAUACCGCUGCGUGCAUAUCUACGUGACGUUCAUAGAGCAGAACAUAACCAUACCGGAGAAUAUGACCGACUUUAGCAACUACACGGCCGACUGGGAGCAGUCCGGGGAGGCCACGCUGCUAGUGAACAUCAAGGGCUGCGGCUACCCGCCCACGGUCACGUGCAAGACCUUCAACGACUACUACGGCGCCGACGGCGCCAUCUAUCCGUGCUACUACUCGCGGAAGAACAAGACCGUAGUGCUCACGUCCUACAGUCACGACGAUCAGGUGGCCGUGAUCAUAAAUUUUUUUGCGGUGCCCUUUGUGAUAACGGUCAUCUCAUCCAUCGCCCUGUGCAUUAUGCACUGCGACUGCCGCUGCAAAAAGGAUCGCAGCCAUCGACGCAAUCGUCCGCAGUGCCGAAGGCCGCGCAUUGAGAAUCUCAGUGACACUUCGAUAUCUACGCGAGUGGACAUGCUCACGCCUGCUAUUGAAGUUUACAAGCCGCCGCUCUGACAUAAGGACGACACUGUGGAGAGCAAUUUAGGGAAUCCAUCAACGAGUAGCGACUUCUAGCAGAACCUAAUACCGAAUAACUGCGGAACCAGCUACGGAUAAUCUCUUUGUUCUUCCAACAUAGUGUCAACCCCAAUCGAAAUCCGAACAGAGAAGAGUGGAGUGGAGUGGAGUGGUGGGGAGUGGAGUGGCGAGGAAUAGAUUACGGCCAAAGGAACAACAGAGCACUACCUAAAGGAACGGCGCCCGGCCCGAAACUAUCAGAGGGUUUUAGUGAAACUAGCAGAACAGAAAUGAAUCAGAUGAACGCGACACACACAGAAAUUCAUAAUUGAUCCAACUGAAUAAUUACUAAGAUUGAUUAAAUUUAGUUACUUUUUAGCAUACGAGUAAAUGAUUUUUAAACCAAGCCGACGAACACGAAGAUAGAGAGAGAGAGAGAGAGAAACCAAACCAAAACCAAACCAAGUGGCAACCAAUUGGUAAUGGUUUAUAUCGGUAACGGAAAUCGGAAACGGAAAACCUAGUUAUAAGCCAUGGGCAGGUGUUGGCAUAUGUGUACGAGUCUUUGUAUUGUAGCCGAAUCCGUAUCCGUGUGUACGAAUUAAAAAAAAAUGCAAAUUAGGCAAUGUGUAAAUUUAGUUAAAACCGAAAUCAUUAUGGAUAUAAAACAAUGGCAAACAGAGGCAACCAAACCGACCUAAACAAAAACCAAAUGCAAUGAAUAAUUUUUGUACCGCUGAAUGAGAAACAAAACAAAAAUGAAAACUGAAAACCAGAUUAUUAAUAUAAGUGUACAAUUUUGCAUAGGUAAUGAAUAAGUUUGUAAUGCAUUAGUAAUAAAAACAAAUACGAAACACACACACACAACAAAAAUGUUCAGCUUGUCACGGGAAAGGCAACCAAAUCCACUAUAAAUGCAAAACGAGAUAGGCAAACAAAAUUUAAUUGGAAAUUCAGAUGUAAAAUUUUUGAGAGGAAAUUCGGCCAGCGGCAGAAACAGUUUAUGCUUUGGUUAAUUGCUCCACACAGAAAUAGACACGCCACGCCUCAGUUAUAUACAUAUAUAUGUAUAGAUGUAUAUGUAGGAGAUCCGCCCACAAAAUUAGCAUUCAGCGUUUUAGGGUUUUUGUUGUAGAAUUUUGAAUUAAGUUCGUCUUAGACGAAUGCCCUUCACAAAGUGCCCCAAGUUAAGAGAAUUUGGUCAAAUUGUUAUUCCGUAUAAUUUUUCAGUUAAUUAUUAUUAAUAAAAACCAAAAUUGAAUUAUUUGGAGUACCAUCUUUGUGAAAGGAAACGAAAAUGUUUAGCGAUUAAUUGAAUAAUGCAAGUUUUUUGACUGUGAUCAUUUGAAUGAUAUAUGAAGAGAUAUGAUAUGAUAUUAUUGUGUGUUGUUGAGGACAACCCAAAAAUUAUGAAAAGCAAUUUACUUCUCACUCUUGAUUCAAGCAAUCAUCCAUCAAUCAAUCAAUCAAUCAAUCGGUAAGCUAGCACGCCAAAUCACAUGCCGCAAGAGAUUUCCACGUUUCCGCAUCAGUAUCUAUGCAUAAUGUAGGAUUUAGUUAUGUCACGAUAAUCACACAUAUGUAUGUAUGUAUAUCCAGUUUAUUAUUACUGUUAUCUUUGGUUUCGAGGCUGAUCGCACACUCACACAAAAUUUGUGCUUGACAAUAUUUAAUUUCGAAAAGGAAAAGAAAAAGAAAGAGAAACUUUCGAUUUGACCUUUUGCUAUUCACUCAAUCAGUCCAUCACUAAAAAUCGCUGCGCCCAAUUUGUAACUACAUAAAACAAAAACAAAACAAAAAAUAAAAACCGCUUAUUCUGUUCCACAUUGAGAUACAGAGGCUUUGGAUGGGGAGUACGAGGCAGGAGAUAUUGAAUGUUAACAUUUAUUUAUAUAAGCUGCAGAACAUUGUUGGAAUUAGAGGAAACUGCAUAGUUUUUUGAUAUUCAUGUAGAUACAUGUAAAUGCCACUCACUAAACUUAAGACAAAGGUUAUGGCUAACGAUAACGAUAACGAUGGCAUCAAGGAUAAUUGCAUUAUAUUUGUAAUAUCAAACUGUUCAUAGUUAAGGCAACAUAAGCAACAAAAACCAAACAAACCAACCACAAAUACAAAAUGGAAAGAGCAUCAAUAGUAAGAAUAAAUGUAUAUAAGCUGACUAGUGAUUGGUAAUGGAAAACUUUUCAAAGGGGGAUAAAACUCAAUGAAACAAAUGAAGCUACAACAGAGUGCAUAUAAUUUUGAUAGUUAAGCUAAUUUUAAUACAUUUUUUAAGACACCAAGGCAAGGCAAACCAGACGAAAAUAAAACAUAAAUUAAACUA